AUGAGUCACCUCCGCACCUUUAUCGCAAUCGCUGUAGCGUAUGUGUUGGCGAUCCACGUCGAAUUCGUUCUCGCGCAAACAUGCCCGACCUCCGGAUUUCCCGGGCUUGUCUUGUGCGACACCGCGUCCAAAAAAUGUCUCCAGGAUCCAUCACUGGGCUGUGAGACUGUGGAGGAUGGAUCACUUUAUUGCUGUCCGAUGCCGGAAACCACCGCCAAGCCUACGACGGCCAAACCUACCACCAAGGCGGCAACAACCUUGGGCCUCUGCCAAGAUCAGGCCACCUACUGCACCAGCCAAUCCGCGCUUUGCACCAGCAACCUUGCCGAGUACAGGUCCCUGAUGGCCACGCAGUGCCCGGUGACGUGCAAGCAAUGUGGAAACCGUCCGAUAGGAGCUAACGCAGCGACUACCGUGUCCGGAUGCGCCGAUGUGCUGGCCACCUGUGCCACAAAUAAGGGACUCUGCAAAAACGCAAACUACAGCCUGAUCAUGCCCAUCAAGUGCAAGAAGACGUGCGGACUUUGC